AUGCCGCCGUCUACCGUCUUCUCGUACUGGCGCCGAGACCACCGGCGUUGGUCCGCGUCGCCUGCUUCAAUCCCCGCGCCCUCACCUGUCAAAGGGGCGAAUGCAACCCCGAAUAUCAGCCCUCCGCAGCUCCCAGAGAUUCCGGACACACCUACGCUCACCACUACCUUCGACGGUCGCCCCUCACCCGAUGGCCCCUCGAAUGAGUCGUCGCUCGACAUCGAUACUUCCAAGCUCAACAUUAGCUCAUCGGUCGCGCCACUAUCGUCCUCGCUUACUCUUGGUGUUCCAUCGCCUGCAUUUGAAAAAGAAAGUCGUCCUCAUUCCAGCCCCGGCGACUGCGGGGAAGAACAAUUUACAUCCCAGUCGAAUAAUUCCCAACUGUCUGUGACGGGUCUACGGUCUGACCAAGCAGACGCAGAGUCGAAUUCCAAACCAAGCUCGCCUUUUCGACGUUCGUUUGGCAAGCAGAAACGAUCACCAACUGCGGCAGCAGGCUCAGGUCAUUUCCGGUUCAGAGCCUCAACGGAUGAUUCGCCGGCGGAUAAACAAACAAUGCCACAGAAGGAUUUCAAGAUGGAUGCUAGCACAACUGUCCGGCGCACAGGAGAUCGUGAUGUGUCUGUAGAACAGACACAUCACAAGUCGGGCAAGGCUAUGCUUCAUCUCUUGAAUCCGAUGUCCCUGCUUGCGCGCAGGCGCUCUUCGCAGAUGGUUAGCUCCCGGGCAGAAGAUGUCAAAAUCAAGAACCAUAAUGUCCCUGCUAUGCCAGAUGACUAUGAUCCCAGGAUUCGUGGGAAGAUUGUUCAUGACUUCUCGGCGCCCCGGCCUCGCCGCAAUCUUUCGGCUGCCCAGCAGGAUACAAUUGUGAAUGGGCAGGAUACUUCACCACCACAGAUACCCAGCCAACCGCGUGGGGCCCACUGGAAUGACCAGGAAAAACGGCACAGUGAUCAUUCGCCUGUUUUCAAGGAACAUUUUGAAGACCAGAAUGUUCUACAGGUGGAAAACAAGGGUUAUCUUCAGUCUUCGCUUUUGACAGGCCAAUCACAGCCUGGUCAUGAGGGCUCAUUACCAGUCUUUGCGCGGAACUUGCCUUCCCAUAUACCAGACGGAACCGAUCUUUCAGGGCAACCUGAACCCAUGCUAGAUGAACCGCCCCCAAGCCCACCCAAAGCAAUCUCCCAUGCUCACCCUCAGCAUCCUCAAGACCAAGAUACUAUUCCCAAUGGGCCCUUCAAUCCCUCAGCCUUGCCGAGACAUCUCAAGAGCAAUGCCUCUCGAUUCAGCUUCGAUAUGAGCGGAGUAGACUCAUCUUCACAAGAGAAAAUGCUGGAAGAGAAGCAUAAGGCCAAGGAAGCGUCUCGCAGAAUGGAGGAUGGAUAUUUUGAUGACUUUGACGAGGACUUCGAUGAUGACAUGAUGGAUGACCUGGAUGGUUUGGAAGAAAAGAUUCCGGGCGUCAAUGCAGACGCCGAUGAUGACGAUUUCGACGAUUUCUCUGUUUCCCGAAGUGUUUCGCGAAACAUCAACGAGGCCAAGUCCUGGGCUAUCCCGGGAUUGUCACCCGUCGUUGGUAGCCCGAUCACUGCUGCACCACCAGCCCCCACAAACACCUCCCACUUUACUUCUCAUCUUUCUGAGAGCACACAAUUAGACGUUGGCCCCAGCCAACAACUACCAGGGGAGCAACCCUCCCCAGUUGCCAGGAUUGAUGAGACGUCAACCCUUCCCCAUGUUCCGGCUACGAAACAAGCGGCCCAAGUCCUCGAUGAUGACGAUGAUCUUUAUUUCGACGACGGCGAUUUCGGAGAUCUUGCUGCCGACAAUCAAGAUGGUGGAUUUGAUGAAUCUAUAUUUGAUGACGUAAACAGUCAUUUAUACGAACGCAAACCAGUCGUUCCUGCGGCACCUUUACCAACGGACAGUGCGGUCCCUGGCAGGGACGACUCUUCGGCAGGGAGAGAAAGCCCCGUCCCAGAAAAGGGAGUCCAAGGACUGCAGCACAUGUCUAGUGUGGCCAGUGACUAUCGGGUCACAGGAUCGGUCAAGCGUGGUCCCCUCGGGGAGCCAAUACCAAAUAUGGGCCCUGCCCGUGCCCAUGGUGGUGUGCUCACAGAGCAAAAUCUAGAUAUUUUGCACAACGCUCUAGCUUACGCAGCCAACGAAGCAUCAUACAGUGGGCGCUUUGAACGCAAGUUCAGCAUGAGUGAAGCAUCUCAGGGGCAAGACAGUGCAGCUCAAACAUCGCAGACGAUCGACUCGCAAUCGGGUCUGGUUUCUGAUGAUAGCCGGAUCAGCCAAGCUGCGGAUGCCAUGGCCUUCGAAGACGUCUUCGAUGAUCAGGUCUUCGAUGAUCAGGUCUACGAUGGUCACUUUUACGAUGAUUACGAUGAUUCGUAUUUCGACGACGCAAUCGUUGCUGCUGCUAACGCCGAAGCUCUUGAGAACGAUGACGAUGGUUUCUACGGCCAAGAGUUCGGGUUCUACGCACAGGCAGAUGGCAACGGCGCCUCUGAGCUAACCAACGGUGGUUAUUUUGGUCCGCGACGGGUCGAAGGCAUCACACGGAACCACAGCAGCCGCGGCAAAUUCCAGGAGCCCAGCUUGACUCCUAUUACUGAACGAAGUGAAUGGAGUACACGCAACUCUAUGAUUUCGGUCAAGGCUCACGGCGGUACCCAUCCAAAUUCAGCUCUAGCGAGCCCUGGACUGGCGCAACUGGUUGACAUGGGCAAUCUAGACGAUGAAAUGUCGCUGAGCGCACUCAUGAAGCUACGUCGGGGAGCCUGGGGUGGGAGCAACGGUAGCCUGCGGAGCAGUGCAGGCAGUCCACCACCACAUACGAUGUCGCCUUCUCACCGUACAAGCUUGAAUGGUGCCGAAGCAAGCCCAACAGUUUCUGAAGCGAGACCUCUCAGUGCUGAUGAGGGAGCUUCGAAUAGUGUUGGUCAUUUCCAUGACGACAGCCACCUACGUACUGCCUUGGCAUUAUCGGGCCGGCCAAAUUCUGAAGAAAUUCCCACCAGCGGACCUCAGCGACUCAAUGUCUUGUGCUACGGCAAUACUAGUCGACACCUGUUCUGUGAUUUAAUUCGUACGUGUACUUACGCCUCUUCCUUUCCUCCGUAUUCCGGUUUGCUCGCUGCAGAACCUGGCAAUAUCAGGCUGACACUAUAG